AUGGCGACCUCUCGGCCACCCUUCCUGUACCCGAAUUUUCUGCGCGCAGUACGUGCCUGCGAGCCAACGACCUACCGAUCAAUACGCACACCUCCCGCAGCAGCGGCCAAACCCCGUAGGAAAGCGAGAAUACACACUUCGGUCCGGCGACGACAAGAUGUUAUUCCUCAGAGAUACGGGCCGGCCGCUGCUACUCAGAACCUGCCACCACCGUCGAAACCUGGUGAUGCACAGGCACCGCAACUGGAAGGGCCCAAGGACCAAACCAAGGACAAGGAUGGCACCAAACAAGCUUCCCAGAGACCUCCCCCACCGCCUCCCAGAGAAGGACCGUCGGCCGAAGAAGUCGGACAAGACGAGCCGCUCGAGUCCAACUCCACGUCCGACUACGUCGACGAAGCGUCCAUGACGAAGAAGAACCACCGGGUCAACAUCGAGAAAGAAGAAGCCCUAGACAACAAGGAACUCGACCUCAUCCUCUCGAUCCCGUCCCCUUCUGAAGUCAAAGGUGGCGACACUCCACGCCAUCCUCAUCUCGAACCCUCGCCCUACGAACACCACUUCGACACCUAUUCACUCGUGCAGCAACUCGCCGUGCCCAACGCGUACAAUGUCCAACAAGCCACGACGUUGAUGAAGGCCAUCCGACUGAUGCUGGCCCUCAAUCUCGACGUCGCCAAGGAGGGCCUCGUGUCCAAGUCGGACAUUGAGAACGAAUCGUACCUAUUCCGCGCCGCGUGCUCGGAGAUGAAGACCACGCUGCAGACGACGCGGCAUUCGGAAACGCUGAAGCAGCGGAGCCAACGAGCACAACUCCAGCAUGAGUUCGACAUAUUGAACCAGAAGGUCACUCAAGAUCUGCUGAGCCUGAAAGAAGAACUGAAGGGCCUGUUCAAUGAUCGCAAGCUCGGGCUCCAAGAAGACAAGCGCAAGAUCGACAGCAAGAUAUCCGAGCUGAACUAUGAAAUCACGGUGCUGCUGAACAGUGAGGCUCGCAGUGAGGUCGAGGGGCUGCGCUGGGUGUUGACCCGUCGUGCAGCCCUAGCUAUAGGUUUCUGUGCGUUCAUGAUCAUCUCGGCUCUAAAUUACUCGUCGAUCAAGAUGCGCGAGAAGGAAGAGGCGGAGAAGAAGCGCAAGGCCACGGAGAAGGCGCAGGAAGAACGAGAACGGGCCCUUGAGAGGGAGCAGGCCAGGUACACAACCCCGAGUCGGGCGCAGGGCACGCAGACUGAGGGUGUGGGGGCCUCCAUCGAGUUCUCGGGUUGA